AUGGCUUUGGGUACGGCUCAAAUCUUUCAGUACGGUUUCGUGAUCUACAACAAACGUGACAACUUUCCCGAGUUCAUAGACGGACUAAGCAGCGCGUUGGCAAACUCACUAUUCUUCAUCAAACUGAUUAUCCUGUGGGUCAAUCAACGAAAGUUUGGCGAUAUAUUGCGAAUAAUGACAGCGGAUUGGCAGGGUCACACUUCGAACCAACGAAGCAUGAGCAUAAUGAUGAAAACGGCAUUACUCGCACGCCGCAUGUCCAGAAUCAUCAUUUUCAUAAAUGUUUCUACCGUGUUGUUAUACUGCCUCGGGGUCCUUGCCGCUAAUGCGAGCGAUCCCGAGAAAUGGGAGCCUUACAAUCGGGAGCUCAUCCUGAAGAUGAAAUUCCCGUUCGAAAUUAGCACCCAUCCUAUCUACGUAGCUGUCACGGUGGUACAAUUCAUUCAUUUGGUGUUCGUCGGCUUCGGUAUUGGCUUUGUCAACACACUCCUCAUCAAUCUGGUACUCCAUAUCGAUGGUCAAAUCGACAUUCUUCAGGACUGGUUGAAGACAGCUUUCUCCAGAAAUGGAUCGAAACCGUCGAAGGAAAUUACAACACAACUGUUGAUUACGAAGCACCAGCAGAUUAUUAUUUUCUCGGAGAACAUCGAAAAUAUCUACACAUACGUCGCAUUUCUGAUACUAUUGUCGGAUACCCUGAUUAUUUGUUUCUUAGGAUUCGUCAUUGCCAUUUCACUCGAUAAGCCCAAUGCCGCGGUAAUAGUGGUGAAGUCUUUCAUGUUUUACGUCAUGAUGAAUCUGGAUGUAUUUAUAUACUGCUACGCCGGCGAGUAUCUGAGUGCUAAGAGCAAAAUGAUCGGCGACGCAGCGUACGAUUCUCUCUGGUACAACGUCGCUGCGAAAAACAGUCGGGUCGUGUUGUUCGUAGUUUUGAGGUCGCAAAAACGACUGACGAUUACGUGCGGGAAGAUCAUGGACCUCACUUUGAAGUGUUUCACUAGCAUUGUAAAGGCAUCGGCAUCAUAUGUCGGUGCUUUUGGCGAUGUACUGAGGGCGAAUAAUUUAUUGACAAUGCUGUAA